CAUGUUCCUCUGUAUUCUGCAUCACAAUCGUGCGUGAAUAAUGGAGUGUUUGGAAGGUGCCAGAAGGUUCCAGCGAUAGACAUAGACCGCUAUGAAGUGUCACCGCUGGUUCUGCAGCACCUGACCGCCACCUUGCAGAAGCUCUCCCGUACAGGCUUCACGUGGCAGGACGACUACACCCAGCACGUGAUGGCCCAGGAACUCUCAACCCUUCCCCACACCUACCCGCAGCAUCUGGAAGCUUCCGACACAGCCAGGAGUGUGGAUAAGGAAAGGAGCUAUAGUCUGGAGGGUGACGGUGCUCUGGCCAAGGCUGUGCGGCGCUACCUGCCAUACCUGGAGGCCCUGUCGCAGGCGGCUUCGAACACACGCCCCAGGACGAGGAAGCCUGUGGACAGCCCCACCGCUGUGUACUUUGUCACCAGCCGCAAGCACAUCUUCAUCAACGUGCUUGUCAGUGCUGCCUUCAGGCUGUGGGACAAAUGGGAGACAGUGUUCUGUGGUCAAACAUGGCCCGAACGUAGUCCAGAGCUUGGCACACCGCUAGUGCUUGUGAUGCUGCUGGGGGAGGUGACGGUGGCGAUCAUGCCCCUGGUAGCCAUCUGGAUGGGGAUGCUGCUGCUGAUGGGUGAGGAUCCCCGUGCUGACAGCGUGCUGACCUUCAUGGCGCAGACAUCCGCUCUGACCUACGCUCCCAGGCCCCGGGCCGAUCACCCCGGGGGCCGCCCUUUACGGAUGCGCAGCCGGCUUCGGCCUGAUGAGCUGAGCCCCAAGGUGGAUGGCGGUGCUGACAGACAGAGCCUGGUCACUUCUCUGGGCACCUCUGUGGCUCAGAAACUCCCAGAACCCCACGGGGAGGGUGACCCAGGGCCUCGAAAUCCGCUGCGUAUGCCCUGGAGAACAGCAAGGGUCCUCUCGGCCCCAGCAGCCCUCCAGAAAUGGCCUUCAUCACCAGGAGACCCCGAGGACCCCCCAGCCUUUGGUGAUGAAGCACUUAUCCGGAGUCUCCUGAAGGACCUGGGAAAGCAGCCUGUGGAGGGUCUGAGCCCCCUGGGCCUCGGCAAGAUGGCCCACGUGAUUGCUACCGCCAUGCAGGGUGUGGGUGCAGAAGGGGAGCUUCAAGGAGCCGCAGGAAAGCCCAGAGAGGCCAACGCUGGCAAGCAGGGCGGAGACGGCAUGGCAGUAACUGCUGUCGGCACCAUGACCGAGGGCCAGACGGUGAAGGUGGCGUUUACAAGGAGAUGGGACGCUGAAUGUGGCCAUGACAGCACCACUCCACCCCCUGCCGGGGGCUGCCCACCAACUGCUCCUGAACGUCACCUCACUGAGCCUCUUUUCUGCCAGGUCAGUCGUUUGAGCCUCCAACUCGGGGACCACCUGCAGGAUCCUGGGUCCCGACUCUUUCCUGCCACCCCUCUUCUUAUGGAGCCCUUCAAAACGGAGAUGAAGAAAUCAGAGACGCCCAGGGUGCCCCCGGCGUGGGAGGAGGAGAGCGCUGGGGUGGAAGACGUGAGGAGUCAGACCUACUCCAAGGAGCGCCUGGAGAGGCUGCCUCCCACAGAGCCCAGGGCGGGCGGCUUUGGCAAGUUCCAGACCUGGGUUCCGGGCCCCUCGCAGGAAGAUGCCCGCCUUGGAGCCGGAGCCCAGGGGCGCCCCGGUGAAGGCCUGCGGCUGGAGGUCAGGCCUUCCGAAGAGGAGCAAGGCUACGUUGUGACUGGAGAUGACCCCCUGAGCCCAGAGAAGGGGAAGGAGCUGAUGGAGAGCAUCGCGCGGCUCCUGGAGGUGCCGAUGAGUGUCUUCCCAGACAUCGCUGUUCUGGGACCAGCCGUGACCUUCAGAGUGAGCGCCAGCGUCCAAAACCUGACGGCGGCAGACGUGGUGCAGGCUACAGUUGACAACAAGGACAAACUGGAGAAGGCGUCUGGACUGAAAAUUCUUCACGCUGGAAGCGGGUCGAAAAGCAAACUCAAGCUUCUGCCGCACGGAGCAGAGCAAGAGGACUCGACCCCGUUCAUCGUGCUGACCCUGGUCUCUGUCGUGGCCAUGGUCGGGGUCCUCCUGGCCUCCGGUGUCAUCUACUGUUUGCGCCACACCUCGCACUCCCAGCUGCAGGAGAAGCUCUCGGGACUGGGGGAGCACCCUGGCCCGGAUGCCACCAACGCCUACCAGGAGCUGUGCCGGCAGCGCAUGGCCGUGCGCACGUCGGAGCGCCCAGAGGCCCCGCACGCAUCCCGCAUCAACAGCGUCUCGUCCCAGUUCAGCGACGGGCCGAUGCCCAGCCCAUCCGCACGGAGCAGCACGUCGUCCUGGUCCGAGGAGCCCGUGCAGUCCAACAUGGACAUCUCCACCGGCCACAUGGUCCUGGCCUACAUGGAGGACCACUUGAAGAACAAGAACCGGCUGGAGAAGGAGUGGGAGGCACUGUGCGUCUACCAGGCCGAGCCCAACAGCUCGCUUGUGGCCCAGAGGGAGGAGAACGUGCCAAAGAACCGGUCUCCGGCCGUGCUGACCUACGAUCACUCCAGGAUCCUGCUGAAAUCCGAGAACAGUCACAGCAACUCGGACUACAUCAAUGCCAGCCCCAUCAUGGAUCACGACCCUAGGAAUCCCGCCUACAUCGCCACCCAGGGACCGCUGCCUGCCACCGUGGCCGACUUCUGGCAGAUGGUGUGGGAGAGUGGCUGCGUGGUCAUCGUCAUGCUGACACCCCUCUCAGAGAACGGCAUCCGGCAGUGUUACCACUACUGGCCCGACGAAGGCUCUAACCUCUACCACGUCUACGAGGUAAACCUAGUCUCCGAGCACAUCUGGUGUGAGGAUUUCCUCGUGAGGAGCUUCUAUCUGAAGAACCUUCAAACCAACGAGACGCGCACGGUGACCCAGUUCCAUUUCCUGAGCUGGUAUGACCAGGGAGUGCCUUCUUCCGCGAGGUCCCUCCUGGAUUUCCGCAGAAAAGUAAACAAGUGCUACAGGGGCCGUUCUUGUCCAAUAAUUGUUCACUGCAGUGACGGCGCGGGCAGGAGCGGCACCUACGUCCUGAUCGACAUGGUUCUCAACAAGAUGGCCAAAGGCGCUAAGGAGAUCGAUAUCGCCGCGACCCUGGAGCACUUGAGGGACCAGAGACCGGGCAUGGUCCAGACAAAGGAGCAGUUCGAGUUUGCGCUGACGGCCGUGGCGGAGGAGGUGAACGCCAUCCUCAGGGCCCUCCCGCAGUGA